AUUUGUUCGUCACUGUUGUCUGUGCGCUCGGUACGUGUGUCCAUUUUGUAGUUUAGUAGUUAGCCUUGAGUUCAAUAAAGUAACGAAAAUCCGUCGAAGAUCGAAGCAUUGUUCGAGCGCAUUUCGUAGGGACAGCAGCAGCAACUGCAGAUGCAGCAUGGGUUUUCAAAUUUCGAAUUCUAUCUUACUGAUAACGUGCGGUUUAGCCGUUUACUCAGUGCAAACGCCGAUUCAAACGGAAGUGAUCGAUUUCGAUGAUCCAUGGGACUACAAAGUUGCGCCGCACAAUCAAGCCCUUCUGUCGUCAGAAGGGAAUCAUCACAGCUUGACAUCUACGCUUCGCAUGAGCAAAAAUCAAGAUCUUUUUGGUGAUGAUGAGGAGACUCUUCAGGAUCUCGGAGCGGACCAUAGCUCAUUGACCGGACGUUUAACUUGCGCAACUUGUCGACUAGGUGUCUCGCUGUUGAAAUCGGAAGUGGACAAGGAUGGUACCUUUGAGGAGAUCAAGGAGAAGUUUGUAUCUAUUUGCGUCGGUUUCCGCAUCGAAACCGAACCCGUUUGCAACGGAGUCUACGACAUAUACGGACCCGUGGUGCUUCCAGCACUGAAGAUGACUAAACUGAACUCAGAGCAAAUCUGCAAAAUGUUCAUGGAGGAGAGGUGCGGAGAUGUGGAGAAUCCUCUGCACGAUUGGACUGUUGACUUGAGGAAUGAAGGAUCAGAAAAAGGAAUCUGGGACUCGCCGUUACCAAAGGAAGACGCGCCCACGUUCAAGGUGUUGCAAUUAUCCGACACCCACUUUGAUCCUGAUUAUACGGAAGGUAGUCCUGCCAACUGCCAGGAACCGUUAUGCUGCAGGAAUUAUAGCACGCCAACUGAGAAGGUGGAGGUUCAAAGGGCCGGAAAGUGGGGAACCUUCGGGAAAUGCGAUACGCCUCAAGUCCUUUUCGAAGCUAUGCUCUCCCACAUAGCUCGACAACAUCCUGACAUCGAUUACGUAAUUUGGACGGGUGACAUCCCUCCGCACGAUAUUUGGAAUCAGACGAAGGAGCAAAACAUCGAUAACAUUCGCUUUACCAUCGGUAAACUGUUCGAAACUUUCCCGAACAUCCCGAUUUUCCCGGCUUUGGGAAAUCACGAAGGAAUCCCAGCUGGAAAUUUUCCGCCACCUUGGAUAAAGAGCAAAGAUCAAUCUAUCGAUUGGCUUUAUGAGGAAGUUUCGAAAGAAUGGAGCAAAUGGUUGCCUUCGGAGGUGAACGAAACGUUGUCCCACGGGGGUUUCUACUCGGUCCUGAUACGUCCGAAAUUCCGAUUGAUCUCUCUCAACAUGAACUAUUGCUACUCUCUGAGUUGGUGGUUGUUCUUGAAUAGCACUGAUCCAGCAAAGGAGCUGAAGUGGCUCGUGCACGAGUUGGAUUUGGCCGAGGAGAAAAGUGAAAAGGUUCACAUAAUAGGUCACGUGCCGCCUGGCGCUUCUGAUUGUUUGAAAAUGUGGUCCAAGAACUACUACGACAUCAUCAACAGAUACCGAGACACGGUGGUCGCACAAUUUUUUGGUCAUACACACAAUGAUGAGUUCGAGGUGUUCUACAUGGACAACAAGACUGAGCAAGCCUCGGGGAUUGCUUACAUAGGUCCCGUCGUUACAACGUACGAGUACUUGAAUCCCGCUUAUAGAAUUUACUACGUAGAUGCAGACACGGAUAAUCCUACAAGGGAAGUGAUCGAUCACGAGACAUGGAUCAUGGAUCUAGUCAGAUCCAAUUCCAAUCCGGAUUCCGAGCCGAUUUGGAGGAAGCUGUACUCGGCGAGAUCCGCUUAUGGGAUGACAUCUCUGAGACCGGCGGAAUGGUCAAAGUUGAUCGAGAGGAUUCUACAAGAUUCUAAGCUUUUCGAUAGAUUUUACAGAUAUUUCUACGCCGGAAGUCCGGCAAGACCUAAAUGUGAUACUGCGAAGUGCAAGUUGGAUAUAAUAUGCGGACUGAAGUCGGGGAAGUCUCACGAAGUUGAGUCUCUGUGCCGGAGAGAAAAGGCAUUUCUGAGUGAUGAAUAAAGUUAGAUGUUUAUAAUACA